UUUCUCUCUCUGCUUUGCCGGCGGCAUCGACGAUGAUUUGGUCUGUGGCUCUUCUCCCUCUUCUGGCCUUGGUUGUAACCGGGCCGAAGGUUUCCGCGGAAGAUGGAACAGGAGAUGCGGUCGGGAGGAGCAAGCGCAGGUGGUUCCAGCAGACACAAGUGGCAGAAACUAACUGCCACGCACCCCUAGGAUUACAGUACCCACAGAAUAAGAGACGCUUCAUUUUGACUGCGUCUGAAGGUGAUGCGGCGGCUGUUCCUCUCCACGGACCACGGGCAUGGACCGCGGCGGUAGAGGAGGCGAUAUACAUUGAUCUGGGGUCGGAGUUCAUCGUGACAGGCGUCCAGACGCAAGGCGACCCACGUGCGCAGCAAUGGGUCUCAUCCUACACUAUCGCCUAUGCUAAUGAUUGCAACGAAGUCGAAUUCAGCUACAUUGCGAAUGAACAAGGCAAUCUGAAGAACUUCCAUGGCAACCGGGACCAAAACACUGUCGUCACUAACCUCUUCCAUUACGUGUUUGAAGCUCGGUGUAUCGAACUGGCGGUUUCCAAACACCAUGGCACGAAGGCCGGCUUGCGACUGGAACUGUUGGGAUGUAAAAAAGACGAUUGCACUCGCACAACCCUCGGACUUGACAACUCCGUGAGAUACCCGCGCUCCCGCUUCACGUCCAACCACCAGCCGCGAAGCUUCAGGCACCUCCCCAGCAGCGCCCGACCAUCGGGACAGGGGUGGACUCCAAGGAAGUCACGAGGAGCUUGGUUACAGAUACAGUUACCUUCAGAAAAGAUACUGUGCGGGGUCGUCUUGUUAGGUGACGAAACUGGCCGGAGAUGGGUUACCAAAUACGGUGUGAGCGUCAGUAGGAAUUGCAUGCAGUAUUAUUACGUCACAGAUGAUAAUUUUUAUGCAAAGGUUUUUGAUGGUCCAACCAAUGGUAGAUACAAGACGAAACAGAUGUUGCCAUAUCCAAGCAGAGCAUCAUGCGUAAGGAUACAUCCUAUAGAGUAUUCACCAGGCGGCGCUGCGAUCAGGCUGGAUUUGAUUGGCUGUGGAACUGGUAAAGGGGUUCGUGGAGGGUGUGGUCGUCAGAAGUCGAGCAUCAUCAGUCUCCAAAAACGAAUUGUCGGCGGAGACGUUGCGUUGCAAGGCCAGUGGCCUUGGCUAGCUUCCAUGCGGCAGUUUGGCCAGAUGCAUGCCUGUGGCGCUGCGAUUAUCAACCGCCAAUGGCUUGUGACAGCUGCGCAUUGCGUCGUACGCAAAACGAAAGGGCUCGAUAUGUCCAGACCAGGACACUGGACUGUCCGUCUGGGAGAGCACUACGUGGACACCGAAGAGGGAACAUCCUUUGAUGCUAAUGUGGAGGUUAUAGUUCCCCAUCCUGACUAUGAUGCUGCUACUCAGGCCAAUGAUAUUGCCCUCGUGAAAAUAAGUACCUAUAUCCACUUUUCGGACUACAUAAAUCGAAUAUGUCUCCCCGAGGUGGGUGAGCUGGUGGAAGCGGGUGACACGUGCUAUGUUGCAGGAUGGGGAAUGAUAGAUUAUGAAGUGGGCGGUUUUGCCCAAGUUUUGCACCACGUCCCAAUAAAAGUGAUAACAAACUCAGAGUGCCGACGAAAGUACGAAUCAAUCGGCGUUAAUGUGACGUCACAUAUGAUGUGCGCAGGCGCAGAAAGUGGCGGGCAAGAUGCUUGUCAGGGUGAUUCAGGGGGUCCCCUGUCCUGUCAUCACAAUGGAGUGUGGCUGAUAUCGGGGGUCGUCUCUUUUGGUCAGGGCUGCGGAUCCGACAGAUACCCAGGAGUUUACACAAGGAUGACAUCUUACUUGGACUGGAUUAAGAUCGCCAUUGAUAGUAAUUAACGCCUUGUUGAAGAUUGCAAUAAAUCUCUCAAAAUAAA